UUCCUGCAUUCUCUCAAGUACAUUCAUCGUGAUGUGAAACUCACGAAUUUUUGCAUUGGAACAGGACCAGCAUUCGCCAGAAUAUUCUUAAUCGACUACGGAGACACUGUGAAGAUGGGUAAAAAAAUAAAAUAUGGUACCCCGGAUAUCUAUACGCUUCCAUAUUGGAGUUUGGAUGCACACAAGAGAGCGCCAGCACGUGAAAAGGGUGAUGCUGAAUCAUGGUUCUACAUGACGGCAGAACUGGUGAGUCCUGGUUGUCUGCCUUGGUAUAAGAUGAGCUCGGAGAACGAUGUACAGACUUCAAAGCAGUCAAUUUGGGCAGAUGGUGGACAACGGCUGACUGAAAACAAGCAUGUGCACUUGCUUCAAGAAAUGCUUCGCCACACCAACACUGGUUUUGAUCACCAACUUGCCAGAAUGAUUGCUAGGGAUGCUAUCGAGAACAAUCUUAAAGGACCACUAGUGCUGGAAUGGGCACCUAAUAUGCGAGUGAACCUUCCACCAUGGAAACAAGAUGCAGCUUGCGAAGAUGAAGGCAAGAUUACAGGCGCUGGUGAAAGGAGAAAGUGA